CCCUCACGAGCAGCCUGACUGGCAGUCAUUUAAAAGUUGCCUCCUCCUCCUCGUGCCAGCCGCACGAGCCUCGCGGCAUCUAGCUAGGCUGCUAUUAGCCAUUUUAUUAGCCUACUUCUAGAAGAUGAGAAAGAAAAUGUCGAGAUAUUUUUCUCUCUAUCUUACUUUGUGGGUGGUGGAAGGACGCAGGCUAUGAAAAAGGACCGACGGGAAGGUUCAGCAUCGAGUGGGACAACUUGGAGGGGUUCAAUCAGCGGAAUGGAGACCGCGGAUCUUCUGUUGCUCUCCGUCUGCUGCUGCUGCUUUUUGGGCCUGUCAGGAGGUAUCUCACUGGAGGAGCGAUACUUGGAGAAGACCUACAGCCGCUCGGCGACGGACUCCCGCUGCCAUGACAUGCUCAAACACCUUCACAACGGCGCCCGCAUCGCCGUGCAGAUGCCUCCAAACGUGGAGGGCCACUGGGUGUCCACCAGCUGCGAGGUCCGACCCGGCCCGGAGUUCCUGACCCGCUCCUACCGCUUCCACAGCAACAACAGCUUCCUGGCCCAUCAGUUCUACUACGAGGACAACCACUGCACCAAGCCCAGCUACACGCUGCUCAUCCGCGGGCGCCUGCGCCUGCGCCAGGCCUCCUGGAUCAUCCGGGGCGGCACCGAGGCCGAGUACCACCUUCACCGGGUCUUCAUGGUGUGUCACACGUCCGCCGUAGCCAAAGAGCUGAGUCAGAGGCUCAACCGGAGCUGCCGGGCCGCCGCCGCGGGUCCCUGGGAGCCCGGCGCCGCCUACCAGCUGCGGAGCGAGGAGGGCGGCUACGACUGCUCCCGGGACCUCAACUUUGCCAUGCACGAGCUGCAGCUGCUGCGCCUGGAGAAGCAGUACAUGCACCACAACCCCGACCACCUGGUGGAGGAGCUCUUCCUGGGGGACGUCCACACCGACCCCGCCCACAGGCUCUACUACAAGCCCGCCAGCUACCAGACCCCCCUGCAGAACGCCAAGAAGCACGCCCACGGCUGCAUCGUGUGCCGCAUCAUCUCCCGCUCAGACGAGCUGCACCCCCCCAUCCUGCCGCCCCGCCCCGACCUGGCGGUGGGUUUGUACGGCCAGUGGGUCAGCCAGCGCUGCGAGGUGCGCCCGGAGGUCCUGUUCCUCACACGCCAUUUUGUCUUCCACGACAACAACCACACAUGGGAGGGGCACUACCGCCACUUCUCAGACCCCGUGUGCAGGCACCCCGCCUUCACCAUCUUCGCCCGCGGACGCUACAGCAGGGGGCUCCACUCCACGCGCGUCAUGGGAGGGACCGACUUUGUCUUCAAAGUCAACCACAUGCGAGUGACGCCCAUGGACUUCGCCACCACCUCCCUCCUCAACGUCUUCAACGGCAACGAGUGCGGCGCCGAGCGCUCGUGGCAGGUGGGGGUGGAGCAGGAUGUGACGGUGACCAACGGCUGCGUGGCACUGGGCAUCCGCCUGCCGCACACGGAGUACGAGCUCUUCCGCAUGGAGCAGGACUCCAACGGGCGCUACCUUCUCUUCAACGGCCAGCGCCCCAGCGACGGCUCCAGCCCGGACCACCCGGAGAAGCGGGCCACCUCCUACCAGCUGCCGCUGGUGCGGUGCUCCGUCAGCGGUCAGUCGCCGGGACGCGCCGACAGCGGAGACGCGCUGCUGCAGCUUCGUAACGGCGGUGCGGGCCGGCGCCGUGCAGCCGACGCAGGUGUCAUGGCCGCUCUUCUUGCUUUUUGUUGGCGCUGCCAACGCUAGACGCCAUCCUGUCACCUGGUACCCGCACCGGGAACGACGAGGACCGAGUGGGGUGGACGAGUGGACACGCAGACUGCUGGACCAAUCAGCUGCUGUGGAAAUCUCCCAACGCUCCCGGGAGCCAAAGACUUUUCCAAGAAAAAGAAAAUGCACUUUAGCAUCAACCAAUGAGCAACUACCAAGUCAUCAUCAUCAUCAUCAUCAUCAUCAUCAUCGGCCAAUGUAUGGUCUUUAUGGCCAUUCUAAAGUAAACGGGGUUUCUUGGUGGCAAAAUGGUGACAAAGCUUUCAAUUGUAAAACGUACUGGUCAAAGAUCUAUACAUUUGUCAUCACUUAUUAAAUAGCAAUAUUUAUACAAUUUCACAUUGACACUUUCAUACUUUGAUGUAAUAUUUCACAUUAUUUCAACUCAUUUUUAAGCAACUUUACAUUUGAUAUUGGCACACCAAACAUCUUGUUUUUAUGGUCAACAAUAGAUAGCAGCCUUGUGUUUAACUCUGCAGCUGAGAUGUUCAUUCACAUAAGAAAGUUGCACUUUGGGGAACAACUAAUGGAAUCAUGUGCUUUAGAUUUAGGCUUAGCUGUUCCAUAUUAGAUGGUUACAUUUUGAAGGACUGCUGGAUGAUGCAAUCUGUGGCUUCGUCUCAUAGCUGCCGCAAAGCAAUUAGCCAUUUAAAAUGCCUUUGAUUUCACUUUUUGUUUGGCCUCAUCCCCUUCGAUCUUUCGAGUACUACGCUUUGGCCAGCAGGUGGCAGCAGAACAUUUCAGGAAAACAGCAUAUUUGAAAAUGUUGCCCAACAAUCCUUAUGUGAAACAUGUUAAAUAUAAUGUUAUAACCAACAUUAGUGGCACUUCAAUAUAGAAACAAAGGCACUAAGUCAACACUUGGGGUUAACUUUUCCAAAUUGAUGAAUGAAAUACCUCAGCAGCAGCUUAAACGUGUAGCCUUACCUUUUUGU